CUGUGCUGCGCUAUUUAGGCAGUGAGUUUCAUCCUCCAGUAUGCAGUGAGUAGUACCCGCGUGCUGGUGAGAACCACACUAAAGUUAUCACCACGGUAACCAGUCUCCACCAGUCUGCCUCCUCGCCCUUACGAAUCAUCGGGAGGCGCAUCUCUUCUAGCCACCUUCAUUGCCCGCGAAUACAAUCAUGGUGAAGCUGGGGAGCAAUCUGACGGGGAAACCGGAGCGGGACGAGGGGUGGAAGGUGGCGGGAGGCCAGCCGGGGGAGGACGGCUUCGACAGCAUCCCGCUGCUGACGCCGCUGGACGUGAGUCAGCUGCAGCCCCCGUUCCCGGAUAAGGUCAUUGUGAAAACAACAACAGAGUACCAGCUGCAGCAGAAGAAGAAGAAGAAGUUGUACGUUCCUGGAAUCAAGAAGCUGAACAUUAACCUCUACGACGAGGUGUCGGAGAAAGUGAAGCUCACAGGUCUGAUCCUGAUCACCAUGGCGUUUCUAGCCUGUCUGCUCCUUCUGGUCAUGUACAAAGCUCUAUGGUACGACCAGCUCAGCUGUCCCGAAGGAUUUGUAUUCAAGCAUAAGCACUGCACCCCCGCGGCCCUGGAGAUGUACUUCUCCCAGCAGGACUCCGCCCCGCGCGGCAGCCUGUACACCGCCAUCAGCCACCUGAGCCAGGCCAAGAGGACCAUCCCCGAGCUGCUGCCGUCGUCAUGGUUACCAGUCAUCAACGCGCUGAAGGACGCCGAGAAGGAGUCCGGCCACACCCACCAGUAGAGCCGGAAAGUAAAUAAAUAAAUAAAUGAAUGAAAACAGUUUUCGAGCGAACGAGUGGGUAUACCUGUGUGUGUGUGUGGAACCACUGGGGUGGUUACACUUGUGAGGUGAAGCAGACUAGCUAAACAAGCUAGCAAAAAAUCUUGGUAGCCAGGAAGGCGUCUGUUUCAGAAGCUUGUGCAUGGGCAAUGUCGGGUAUGUGUGCGUGUGUGCAUGUAUGUGUAUGUGUGUGUGUGUGCGUGUGUGUGUGAGCGUGUGUGUGUGUGUGCGUGCGUGCGUGCGUGUCUAUAUAAAGGUAAUGCACGAUUCAAUGUCUUAGUAAAAGUCUUAUUGCUUUUUGGAAAUAUUUAAGUUGGAGAAGUUUUUUAACAACCAGCAAGUACUUUAAUCUGGAUUUUUCAUGUAAGCAAACAUUAAAGUCUGGAUUUUCGAAAGAAAGUGCUCAGAACCCCAGUAUCUUUUAAUGCCAUCUAAGAAAAAAGGAUAAAGAGUACUGAGUCACUCCAUAAAAAAUGUCAGAUCUGAACAAAACCAUGUGAUUCUUAAACAUAAUGUAAAUGUACUUUUACUAAAAGGGAAUGCUAGAAAUGCCAGGAGCUACAGUUUAAAAGAUAAAAGAUUAAAAGUAGUAUUCUCCAGAUUAUCACUGGGAAACAGACCAUGUUCAGUUUUUCCAUUACAUUUUGAAUACAUCGUGUAGAGAUGAUCUUAUCUGAACAAACUGCAAAAGCCUUACUAAAUGAUUCAUGAACAUUUUCUGUUGGUUUGUAGAGUAAGUUUCUGUGUUAAAUCCUGUACAGGGCUAUCCAAAUUUCAUAUGCUGGCUCUAUUUAAACCACAUGAGUAAUCUUAUUGAAUGUCUGCUUUAAUUUGUAAACUCUAUUGCCUAAAUACACAGGUAUUAUACAGUAUUUUGUUAGGAAUACAUAGUCACGUGAAAAAAAACAAAAAAAAAAACAUGAUUGCAGUGCAGCAUUGGUAAUUGUGCUACAUGUUGAUUUUGGCUCCUGUUCAUCAAAUGCUUAUGACCUUUAAAACUCAGAGGUUAACAUAAGCAGCAAGAACUUUCCAGAAAAGGGCAGGACAUUUGACCGCCAUUUUUGUUUUUUUGUUUUAGCGCAAUGAACCCCCAAUUUGUGCUGCCUUCACAGCAACAGCAUGUGCUCACAAGUUAAUGCAUAUUCGCUCAGCUACAAUCUGUUCAUUUGGCAUCAGUAUUGUGCUAUACUCAGUAUUGAAUGACAUGAAUAUUGUAAUGUAUCACAUUAGAUAUUAUAUAUUGCUAUGGUAGCUGAAUGCACUGAAGUAGCAAUGGAAAAAAUAUGGGGGAAGGUGUUGCAGUAUAACGAGGGACGUAAUGCAUGUACGUAAUACAUGGCCAGUAUGAAGUAAGACCUGUUAGUUGGCCUAUUUUCCCACACAUUUAACCUAUGAGAAAAACCUAACUGCAAACCAUGGCACAUCACGCAAACGUUUAGAAAUUAUAACACAGAUGGUAAUUAGUGGGUCAUUAGAGCUAUUUGUCUUUAAUUAAAUCCAUCAUUUUUUAUGUUUGCCACAGCUCUGGCUCAUUAUUGUGGCAAUUAUAUCUUGUUUAUAUCUUAUCUGUUUUUUUGGGGAAGAUUAAUUGCAUCCACUCUGAUUGUCAGUGCAAACAACAGUUGGGUACGAGUAUUUUAAAAAAUAUAUUUUUUAUGAAUAACCUUGAGUUGAACCUCUGGUAUUUUAAUGAUUGUUUAGAUAAUGUAUGCUUAUGCUCUGUACAGAAUUAUGCAGAAUUAUUUCUCAGUUGUGUAUGUAAUAUUGUGUAAUAAUAUUAUUUUUUUGUUUUGUUUUUUGAAAAAUUGUAUUUAAAAGUACUUUAAGGGUUUUAUCUAAUUAUAUUGCAGGUUCACAUGAUAAAACUCACCUGCAGUCAUUCUCGUAUUGCUUAAAUUAUGGAGUAAACAGUGUUUGUGAUGCUGAAAUUAGAAUUUCAGUUUUGGAUCUGUGGGAUGAUAUACUGAAAUAUUUUGCACAGAAAGGCUUCAUGCAGUUGAUUUUUUAAACAUUAUUUCAAACUAAGGGGUAUACAUCUGCAUUUGCGUGUACUUGGGCAUAUCUUUUUCACAAAUGAGAUUUAGACAAUGUGCUUGUUUAUUUUGCCAUUGAUAUCAUGAAUAUUUUCUUGAACUAUUUAUAUUUGAUAUGUUUAUAUGUUGUUGCAGUGUUUAUAUUUUGGAGGCUUAAUUAUGGUAUUCGUAGAAGGCUGUAGGUGGGGGUCGUCCUGUUUCAAACUCAGAGCCUGUUGGAGUAAUUCCGAGUUGUAUAACUGUCGUGUUCUAUCUUCUUUUAUAUUCCAGAAUCUCAUCUUUCAAAGAAAUUGGCUCUUUUUUGUGGACACCUUCUUGUCAUUUUUCAGUAAAUGUGAUAUUUUCACAGUGCAGCCAGCACCAUCUCUUUUUUGUGGUGUCAAGUGCUAAAGUGCCAAAUUUAAUGCUGUGAUCAUCUGCUUUGUUGUUAAUGAGAAAAGAAAAAAUACACUUGAAUGUUCACCCUUU